CCUCCUUGAGUCCCGGCCCCGGUGACUCCAGCUCAGGCCCCGACCCGGCCCCGCCGCCAUGGCCGAGCCCAAGUACGCGGAGCUGCCCGGCAUCGCCAAGAACGAGCCAGAUGUUUACGAGACUAGCGAUCUCCCAGAAGACGACCAGGCGGAGUUCGAUGCGGAGCUGGAGGAGCUGACGAGCACCAGCGUGGAGCACAUCAUCGUCAACCCCAACGCUGCCUACGACAAGUUUAAGGACAAGAGAGUGGGCACCAAAGGGCUCGACUUCUCGGAUCGCAUCAGCAAAGCCAAGCGGACGGGCUACGAGUCGGGGGAGUUUGAGAUUCUAGGGGAAGGCAUUGGUGUGAAAGAGACGCCCCGGCAGAAGUACCAGCGGCUGCUCCAUGAGGUUCACGAGCUGAGCACAGAGGUGGAGAAGAUACAGAGCACCGCGAAGGAUUCGGCGGCAGAGGAGAAGCUGAGCCCCGUGGCGCUCGCCAAGCAGGUCGUGGCCCUGAAGCAGCAGCUGGUCUCCACGCACCUGGAGAAGCUCCUGGGGCCGGACGCAGCCAUCAACCUGACUGACCCCGACGGAGCCCUCGCCAAGCGCCUGCUCAUUCAGCUGGAAGCGGCUAAGAGCGCCAGGGGCACCCCCGGGGCAGGGAAGAGCCCGUCGAAGGCCCCUGCGCCCGCAGGGAAUAUGGUGACCUAUGAGCUGCACUCGAGACCUGAACAAGACAAAUUCUCUCAGGCUGCAAAGAUAGCGGAGCUGGAGAAGCGGCUGAGCGAGCUGGAAGCCACGGUGUGCAGCGAGCAGGACAGCCAGAAUCCCCUGGCGGUUGGGCUGCAGGGAGCCAGCCUCAUGGAAACCGUGGAGAUCCUGCAGGCCAAAGUCAGCACC